AUGCUAGAUUUGUCAAAUCAUCGUCAAUCAAUUCAAGUUGUUCUUGACAAACAUUCUCAAAAGGCAAAAAGAUUUUUGCGAUGGUAUGAAGACAAACAUCCGGAUGUGGGAAAAGUGAUAUUAGAGAAAGUUCGACAAAAUGAUACUUUGACUUGUCCUAUGAUUCAAAAGGAUAUUGUCAAUGCUUGCAUGAAAGAAACAUUGAAAGUUAUAAUUGAGGACUUGAAUGGAGAUUACUUUGGGAUAUUAGUUGAUGAAUCCAAAGACAUCUCACACAAAGAAAAAAUGACUCUUGUUUUGAGGUAUGCUGAUAAGAAUGGUGAAGUUGUAGAACGAUUUAUCUGCCUUGUCCAUGUUAGUGAUACAUCGGCAUGCUCAUUGAAGAAAGAAAUUUAUUCUUUGCUUUCCGAUCACUCACUAAGUCCAUCCAAAAUACGUGGACAAAGUUAUGAUGUAGGUAGUAAUAUGAAAGGAGAGAUAAAUGGUCUCAAAACUUUAAUUAUGAAAGAUAGUCCUUCGGCAUAUUAUAUUUAUUGUUUUGCACAUCAAUUGCAACUAACACUUGUUGCUAUUGCUAAAAAAUAUUUGAAAGUUGAAAACUUUUUUGAUCAUGUUACUAAUGUGUUGAAUGUUGUUGGAGGAUCUUUUAAGCAUAGAGAUUUACUUCGUCAUCACCAAGCCGAAGAUUUAAAGCAAUUACUUAAGUCCGGUAAAGCUCAUACCGAACAAGGAUUACGUCAAGAACGUGGACUUCAAAGAUCGGGUGAUACUCUUUGGGGAUCACAUUUCAAAACAUUAGAUAACUUUCUUGUUAUUUUCUCAUCUAUUGUUCAUGUGCUUGAAGUGAUUGAAAUUGAAGGUUCUACCUCAAGUGAUAGAAAUCAAGCGGAAUAUCUUUUGACAAAGUUGGCUCUAAUUUUACCCGUUGUUACGGCAACUGUGGAAAGAGCAAAAGAGCAUUCUCUUCCAUGA